CAGCAGCUGCCUCCGCGUUUCCGGUUCCGGCAGCGCCUGGGUGGCCUCGUUAUUCCUAGAGUGGAGGCAUCCUCGGCCACUUCUCUGCGGUAUGUCGGGUGGCCUCCUGAAGGCGCUGCGUAGCGACUCCUACGUCGAGCUGAGCCAGUACCGGGACCAGCACUUCCGGGGUGACAAUGAAGAACAGGAAAAAUUACUAAAGAAAAGCUGUACAUUGUAUGUUGGAAAUCUUUCCUUUUAUACAACUGAAGAACAAAUCUAUGAACUCUUCAGCAAAAGUGGUGACAUAAAGAAAAUCAUUAUGGGCCUGGAUAAGAUGAAGAAAACAGCAUGUGGGUUCUGCUUUGUGGAAUACUAUUCAAGAGCAGAUGCGGAAAAUGCCAUGCGGUACAUAAAUGGAACUCGUCUGGAUGACCGGAUCAUUCGCACAGACUGGGAUGCGGGCUUUAAAGAGGGCAGGCAGUAUGGCCGUGGGCGAUCUGGGGGCCAGGUACGAGAUGAGUACCGGCAGGACUAUGAUGCUGGGAGAGGCGGCUACGGAAAACUGGCCCAAAACCAGUGAGUGGUGAGAGCCCCAUCAUGAAAAACUCACUCCUUUGGCCUUUUGAAUUUGACGUGCGUUACCCAAGGUCUGCAAACCUGCCCAUUUUUACCAAGCUUUAAUCAAUGUCUCUACUGAGGUGGAAGCUUCUUCCUGGUCUUCCUCUUAAAAUUAUUAAAAGGACAGAAUCCGAAAGAAUGCCUUUAAUUCUGUAGUCUUAGAAUCUUGGCUGUGUGUCAGAUUAUCAGAAUGAUUUGUUACCAGGUCAAAAAUUGUGCUCCUUAGCAGCAGAUUUAAUGUAUAAUGUUGAUCUAUCAGCCAAAAACUGCACACUUCUUUUUAAACAGUUGGAAAAAAGUUUUAAAGAGUGUACCAUGUUUUACAUCUAAGUAUGUUCAUGGUCUACAUCGGGGCCUGGAAUUAUUGUUUAAAAAAUUUUAAGUCUGCAUGAGCUGAAGUUUAAUAAAUGGAGUUUUGCUCUAUAGCUCUGCUGUAAAUUAGAAACAGAUGUUUGACAACUGAAUUUCUUUCUAUGUGGAAUUCUAAUCACUACAAACAAGAGUCAAGGGAACCUCCUAAAUAGUUGUUACAAAAGUAAGCCUCAGACAGUCCUAGGGGACACCGCUGCUUACAUGCUUUAGAUGUAUCAGGAAAUUAGGUACAGGAAUUGGAGGGUAUUUACUAAACAUAUUUUUCAAAAGAUGUGUUUUACCUAUAAAAAACCAAGGGUCUGUAUUAUAGGGAACCUUAAGUCUGAGGGCAGGGGGACACUGUCAAUAAGAAACAGAUGAAAUAUCAGGAGCUGUGAGUUAAAACACUGCCUUGAUAUGAUAAAGGUCGCUGUGACAGCCCUCAGAUUUUUUUUCCCCUCCAUUUUCGGACUGAUCUUGGGAGAGAGUGGGUUUUUUAAAAAAGAUUGAAGAUACGGGAGAAAGCUUCACAAAAACAAUCAGAAAUGCUUCCCUCUGGAAAUGUUUUGGCCAAUUCUCAUUUGAAGUCUUUUUUUCUCUAAUUGUGCUAAGUUUCAGAGCCUUGCUAGUGAACUGAUGAUCUCUACAGAUGAGGGAGUCUAGAGGAUUUAUUUUGCAUUUGUAAGCAAGAGACAAUUUUUCUAAUAUAUUAUGCUCAUUUUAGACAGCUAAUCUGUAUAAUUUUCCCUGAUAAAAGUGAAAUUUUUUCAUCCAGCAACUAAGUAUCUCCUAAUUUCCAGUAGUUUGAAGUUGGGGCUGAAGUAUCUCAAUGUGAACCUCUUUCAUGUUACAGUAAGUGUAUAUUUUCUCAAAUUUAAACUGGCUAUUUGAACUUUAAAAGUGCUAUCUAUAAAUUAGUUGUAAGUACUUAGGAACAAACCAUUUGCAAAUAUUUAAUGAGGACAUAAAUUCAUUUUUAAAAUCUUUUUACACUGUAGUUUAAAGUAAUGUAUUUUAUAUUCUUUUGCACUAAAAUAUAACUCAGAUUUCUAUAGGCCUUAAAACCAGACAGUGGUUCCUGUCUUCUGUAACAGAUUUCAAUAAAAUUGGACCAACUUA